GCAGUUACUUUCCAUCCAGGUUUCGGAGCAGCCAGUGCUGAGUGAGGCACCAUCCAUCCAUCCCUAUCUAUCUAUACGUCGUCUGCAGCCGUUUCGGGAGCGGAUCUUGCAGGAUUUGAGCCGCAGCACUUUGUUGGGGACCUCAACCUUCAGUAUGACAACUUCCAUUCCAGCUCCUUUUCAUUUCUUUCAUUCUCAUAUUUGAUCUUUUUUUUUUCCAUUUUUGAAACCAUCCGACCUCAUUGUUUCUCAUUGUUUUUCUGCUGCUGUCACCCACAGUUUGUUGCUCACCACCACCUCCACCACCAAGCAGCAGCACCACCAGCACCAUCUGAAGGGAUCUCUCUCCAUUCCACCACCAGCCAUCGCUGUGCGUUUUCUCUUCUUCUCCUGCUGCUGCUCUGGAUUUGUGCCGUGCAUUGCUGGACUAUAACGCAGGGGGAUUUAUAUUUCUAUUGAUUUCCAUCUGCCCGCCCGGCCCACAGCGGACACCACCACUUGUUCUUCUCUGUGAGGGAUGUAUUAUAACAGGGGGAGAAUAUAAAACCCACUGUCUGCUGAAUGAACUACAGCCGUGCGCCUUUUGGUGUGUUUUUGGAGCAGGUCUCUCUCAUCUGGAGAUGCUCUAGUAUCUGGGUGUUUGUGGUCCGUGCGCAUCCAUCCCUAUAUAUACUGGAUCGGGAUAUAUAAGGGUGAAGAAAUUGCCUCGGUCAGCCUUUUUUUCUGGAGCGCUUGUCCUCUGAUUUAUUUAUAUAUUUUUUAUUUUCUGGACAUAUUUGGUUGUAUUUUUUGAGAAGGAUUGUGCUCUACCCCUGCACUCCGGAGGCGCGCAAAGAAAGGCUCACCAUGGGGGACUCGAUGUGGAGAUAUUAUUUCGGAGUUUUGUUUAUUGCCUUCAAAGUGGACUUGUGCCGGGCGCUCAUCCUGGAGUCCAUCUACUGGAACACAACAAAUACCAAAUUCGUGCCAGGCCAAGGCGUGGUAUUGUACCCCCAGAUCGGGGAUAAGUUGGACAUUGUGUGCCCCCGCGUGGACGGGGCGAGCGAUACCGUGGAGUAUUACAAGGUAUACAUGGUGCCUAGGGAGCAGCUGGAGAGCUGCACCAUCACCAAGGCCGACACGCCGCUGCUCAACUGCGUGAAGCCCGACCAGGACGUCAAGUUCACCCUCAAGUUUCAGGAGUUCAGCCCCAACCUAUGGGGCCUGGAGUUCUUCAGGGGGAGAGACUACUACAUCAUCUCUACAUCUAACGGCACCAUGGAGGGCCUCGACAACCAGGAGGGGGGAGUGUGCAAGACCAAGUCCAUGAAGAUAAUCAUGAAAGUGGGACAAAAUCCCUCUGAUCCUAUUUCACCCAAAGACAACCCCACCAGAGUACCCUAUCCCCCCAAGCACUCCGAUGGUAAGGAGACCUACAACCCCAACGACGUGCUGGAGAAACCAGGUGUAGCGCCCAGAGAAAGCAACGACAACGACAACGGCGGCAAGUCCUCCAGCGUCAUCGGCUCCGAGGUGGCCAUCUUCGUCGGCAUCGCUUCGGGCAGCGUCAUUUUCAUCAUCAUCAUCAUCAUGCUGGUCCUGCUGCUGCUCAAGUACCGGCGGCGGCACCGCAAGCACUCGCCGCAGCACGCGACCACGCUGUCUCUGAGCACCCUGGCCACGCCCAAACGGAGCGGAGGCGGCGGGAACAAUAACGGCUCGGAGCCCAGCGACAUCAUCAUCCCGCUCAGGACUGCUGACAGCGUCUUCUGCCCGCACUACGAGAAGGUCAGCGGCGACUACGGCCACCCGGUCUACAUAGUUCAGGAGAUGCCGCCUCAGAGCCCGGCCAACAUCUACUACAAAGUCUGAGGGGGGAACUUUUGAAAGCAAGAGACGAACUGGAACAAUACCGGGCAGAGCGGGUUUUUUUAGUUUCGGCCGGCGCCGCCGGCUACGCCCGCAAAUCACUCUCGCUCUUUCUCUCUCUGUCUCUCUCUGUCGACUCCUCCUCCUCGUCUCUGAUGUUUUUGUCACUACUUUUUUUCUUUAUCAAAGUUUUGCUGAUACCUUUGUUGCUCUGGUUUGGUCCCAGUCGUUGCGGACGGGAGAGAAGGCUGCUGCCGCUGCUGCUGCUCCCUGGGGCUCUUGGGAAAUAGAGAGGACGAUCUCUUCUUUCCCCAAGUGCUGCUCCCUGUUUGCUUUUGUGCACUGCAGCCAGCAUUUUUGGGGGAACUGAGUGUCAGAAAGUUAGACGCACAGCGUUGUUUUUUCUUUUUCUGGGAUGGGACGGAUGGACGGAUGGACGGAUGUAUGGACGUGAAGGUUUACUGGCAUGAGAGGAGGGGAAGGAAUUUUUUUGGCUUCACCUUAAAGAGAGACUACUGCUUGGAAAAAAGAGAGGGAAAGAGACAAAAAAGCGAGUGAGAAGGAGAUGUAAGGGAGAAUACUACGGGCUGACCGUGAACUCACAAAAAUGGCUGCCCUCCCGUUGAUGCUCACUAGCCAGAGAGACUCUGUGGAUUUAGGCAGUCGGAGAGAGAUUCUCACAGCGAUCCUCUCUGGGACUUUCCUGACUGACUCACGGAGAUCACCCAUUCACCCUGCCACCCACAUGCUCACCAUCACAUACACACAUUCACACCCACACACACAGACACACUGUCUUCACCAGUCAAUGUGAACUGUUUGGGUUUUUUUAAGUGUGGAUUUCUCCUCAUUCCCAGAUAUGUUUUUCAGAAAAAUUACUUCUUUCACGUGUUACUUGAAGGUCUUAAGGAAGAAAAAUAAACUCCCCUUUUUUUUUGUACUGUCAACAUUUAACUGAUGUUGUGUUUGGUUUUCAUAUCCUGGUGUAGUUCAGAGUUUUUUUUCUUUUCCUUUAGUGACAUGUCAUUCAAACAAAAGUGACCCGACGGUGGCUAGGAGUGGCGAGAGCGUGAAAAGAAGGAGUGAGUGUUUUUUUGUUUUGUUGACAAUUCUGCGCCCUCUCGCUAUAGGGAAUAGGGCGCAUGUCAGGUCUGCCCAGGUGGGCUCCUGGGAAGAGUGGAGGACGUUCAUAUACAUAGAGCAGCACUUUUAACCCCUUUUUGGUACCUCCACUCUUCGCAGCAGUCAAAGAGAGAGACACAGUGACGACUAGAGAGGGAGAGCGGCCGUAUCCCGUCAGAUUUAGUAAGUGAGGGCUACAACCUGGGCUUUUCACGCGGGAAAAGUGUUCGGGGCAAUAAGAAAUCCAAUUCGCCUUACUGCCGUUUUUCGCAUCAGGUGAAGAAGAAGAAGUGGCCCGAGAUCAAGUUGAGGUUAGCGUAGCUGGCUGAGACAGCUCUAGGUACUGUAACGUUUACCCCCUGGGGUCCAAUGAUGAUUAAGGAUGCCCAAAGGGCCACCGGUGCUCUCUCUAUUCUUGUUAAAAAAAAAAAAAAAGCACAGGGACAUCUUCUUACAUUGUCACUGUUUCUCAAUCUCCAUUAGCAUUUCCAUAUUGUGAGUUCUUUGAUUUACUUCUCUCUCUUUUUUUUUUUUUACAAAAUAGAUGUACAUUUAAAACAGGACAUUACGAAGAUGAAAAAUUACGAAAAAAAAGUAAAAUAAAAAGCAGAAUUUAUUUAUGAUAGACACAUAGAGCACAGGUGUUGUCAGGCGGUAUGGAGAAGAAGAAGAAGAAGUAAUGUUAAUAUAUUAUGGUAUAAGUGCACAUUAUGCAAUCUAGGUUUUUGAUUAUUUCAUAUCUCUCGACCCGCUGAGUCCCGUAUUUUCAUGAGCUCUCGUCCACAGACACAGGGCCCGGCCCUGGGAAAGAGGACUAUAAGGGGAGGGCAGCCCCGGCCCCGGACCCGAGGGAGUGGACUUAUCUGACCCAAAAUAGCUCACAUUGGUGUACACAAGGGCAGAGUAGCUGUGUCUCCCACACUCACUCAGUGUAGCAUCUCCCAAAGGAUAAUUCUCAUGAACACCCAGUGCCCCCCGACUCUCCUCAUACACACCUUCCAUGUUCUCUGUGCAUGUGCGUAUGUGUGUGUGUGUGCGCGCGUGCGUGUUGAGCAAGUCCAUAUUUCAGUGACUUCACCUUCAUUAAUAUCUUUGGCUUAAUAUCCUAGUCGUGACUUAAGCUGUUCCCAUAGCAUGUAUCAGCCCAUUAUCAUCAUUAAAGAACAUCAAAUUUCACCGAAAAGCCAAGCCUUGUAUGAUCUGAGGUUUGUGCCUCUAAGAGGCUACAAAAUCUGCAAAUAUGCAAUUCUUAUUUAUUUUUUUAAUCAAUUCUGAGAAAAAAAAAAAAACCUAUGGAAAGUGUUCUUAACCACUGAAAGAUGUAACAACAAACAAAAUGACACAAAACUAGCAAAGUACGUCACACAAGCCUGCUGUUAGUUUUUAUUUCCUGCAUUCUUUGUAGUAUUAUUUGAACCUUUUUUCUGUUCUAACCAUGUGCCGUAGUACAAAGGUAAACUGUGAAAAAUGAAACCAUUAAAAAAAGCAUAUAUAUCACACCUGAACAGGUAUUUAAAGAAAAGAUGGAAAAAAAAGAUACACACACACAUCCAACAGAGAAAUCAGCUGUUUAGUUGCUGUCUGUCUGCGGCAGAAUAUGACAAUCUUAUUAGUUUAUUUGAAUCUGACGUCCUUUUCUUAGCUGCCUCUUGACUAACGCUCUCCCAACAUUGACCAGGUUCUGGGUCAAAGCUGUUCUGAAAAUGUUCGUAGCGAUGCUGUGAGAGUCUUAGCACAAAGGCUAGGAGAAGCACCUCAGGCUACUGUAAAAUGCCUUGCUCGUAUGGUCAGCCCUUGGUCACUUGACUCAGUAAUUUUGCACCGUACUUCUGUAGGUAAGAAAACUGUAAAUACAUUAAUGUUUGUAUUGUAUAUGGAUCCUGGGUUGUUACAAUAGCCUUAUUCACCUUUUUAGGAAAGUAAAAGGAAAAAAAAGUACAGAAAAAAUGGAAUACACUUCAGUAAAAACAGAGCAUACUACUUUUUUGGUAAAUAGCUUAUGUAAAUAUUGACCAGAACCCAAUAAAAACAUUUUUUUAUAAACUCUUAAAGUAAGAUGUUUUGUAUAAAAUUUGAAUUUUUUGCUAUGUAUUUUAGCUAGUGCUCGAUGGAAAGCCCGUGUCCUCCCCACUCCCUCCCCUUUUGCACUGUUUCCAUGGUAAUUUGGUUUUUAAAAAAAAUGAGAGAAAAAGUUGCCAAACCGACUGCUGCAUAUUUGUGCCAUAAGUGUGUACCAUAAAUAUUUAUUGAAUUAGUUUCUUUUCUUUUCUUUUCUUUUUUUUUGUUCUGUUUAUGAUUUAACUUCAGUCCAGUUUGUAAGUAACACAGUAUUAUAUUUGCAUUGUUUGUUGGUCUGCCCCUGGUUUUCUUUAGUCAUGUCAUGGUCACCGGGUGGCUGUAGCCCUCUUCUCCCCCCUUCCUUGCAGUAUGAGAUGGCCAGGCUGUGAAAAAUGGUUUUAACAUUCAAAAAUUUAAAACAAAGUUCAAAGUGAGGAUAAAUGACACACAUUCCACCAGUCUGUUACAAACUGAAAAUGUUUUUCAAUAAAAUGUUUUUCCUAUGGA